CCCCCCGUCGAAUUUUCUCUGCGAACCGCGACCAACUGCGACCACCGAGCAACACCGCACGCCACCGCAACUCCGACGACCACUGCACCCCCCUUCUCUCUCUUCCCUACUCCUCAACAAGGAUACCGUCGAGACAAAAGCACACCAGAGGUGCGGGUGCCAGUUCCAGCAGGGGUAAUGCUGGCCGGUACCAACCUGGGUUCCCACAACUGAGGGACGAGCUGAAAUACACUGAGCUGCUUCAGAAGAGCAUGGGCACCUUGUACUUUCCUGACGAGGCCUCACUCACAACAGCUGGAGUGAGAGAUGAGGUGAUGCACCUCCUGAGACGAGGGUGAUGGAGGCAUCUGUUCUUCGAGAUUAGAGACUCGACAUUUAGGGAGAUCACAUGCGAGGUUUUGGUUACGUUCAAGAUGCCGAAGGUCAUUCCUGUCGAGGACAAUCAUAGGCCCGUCAUCAAGUUCCGGGCAUUUGAAGAGGAGCAUGCCAUCUCCAUGCCAGAGAUGCUUUAUCAUUUGGGUUUUACUGGGAUUGAGGAUAAUGGCCAGCAUGAAGCCAUUUUGACACUUUCCCCGCGGUGUCAACCGCCAAGCUUUUUGGGAUUCUAUUUCGAGAGAGGGUGGGACGUAUAGGCCUAAGAUGUCCCCUAGCACACUGCUUUAUCCACGCCAGUACCGCAUCAUUCACGCCCUUCUUUCCUCCACUAUCACCGGAAAAGCCGAGGUUGCCGGCAAGGUCACUUCUACCGACCUAUUCUGCCUCUACUGCAUGAUCCACAACCGCAAGCCCCACAUGGGCUAUCUCCUUGCCAAGCUCCUCCACCGCCAGGCCACGAACCAUAUCAAGGCUAUCUAUGCUGGCCCGUUCAUCACGCGACUUCUGACUAAGAUGGGCUUUGGAGACCGGUGUCAGAGGAUGGAGGAGAGCUCCAGUUUUCUUGCUUUGACCCGACUCCCCGAGGUCAAAACUGGAGUGGCGAGGAGGAGGGCACAGGCCCCUACGGCGGCAGCAGCAGGGGGAGGACACCGAGCAGGUGAUGAUGAUGAUGAUGAUGAUGAUGAUGAUGAUGAUGAGAGCGAUGAGGAGAUGGAGGCAGCUGCACACGACGUCCUCAUGACCUCAUAGUAUAUUUAUACUGCGUCAAUUUUUUUAAUAUGUUAAUUAUGUAGCUUAUAAUUUUUAUGUGCUUUAAAUCUUGAAAUCUUUGACUUUCAAUUACCCUAAUAACCUAUUAAAAUACUUUAUAUAUUUGAAAUAGCGAGUAUUC